AGAAAAAAAGAUUUUGGGAAACUUUAAUGCAUAUGCUACUUUUGCUAUAUUUAUUUCUGCUCACAUCCAAAAAUCAAAUUAAGUAAUUUGGGCAGGGGUGCCCAAACUAUAGAGAAGACAUGGUCAGUAAACAAGCAAAUUCCACUGUCUUUUUAAGGUAGUUAUGCAAAUGGAUACACAUUUAAACAGCAACUUGCAAUUGCAAAGCACCUCAUAGACUUGGCUUGGAAGUCACUCACUCACAUACUGUAUGACACAAUGUCCUUGUUAAUGUAUUGGAUUAUAACAAAUAAAAGCUUUAAUAAAAUAAAAAGAAUGGUGACAAAACUGGAAUCAAACGUUCCUGUGCUCUUUUAGUAGCCUUCUUGUUAUUGGUACCAGUUACCUGAACCAUGUACAGUGGUGGGAGAAGGACCUCGAAUGUAGAAAGCAGGAGAACAUCAGCGACUAUCCAGGAUGGUCUGAAAGCCAAACUGGCCUCAGCUAGCAGCCCAAGCCUCAAGCCGAAAUCCAGCAUAAUGGUCAUCGCUAAACCUACUGGAGACUACCAAACACAGAUCGCAAAUGUGGACGUCCUUCUCCCCGAGGGUGAUAUCGUACCUGAUGCGAGCAGCGUCAGCAGCCCCCUCCCAAUGCCAGACAUCACAGUGGGCCAGAACUCUAGGCUGCGCGCAUCCAUGCGCCGCCACAAGAGCACCACUGACCUGCCGUACAGCCUGCAACGCGGCUACGUGCGAGGCCAGAGGCCCAGCAUCUGCACGCCCACUGCGGCCGAGCUGGCCCUGCUGAGGCGCUGCUCACUCUUUGAAGCGGCUGGUCGGCCGUGCUGUCGCCAUGCCCUCAGCGUGCCAAACAUGGCCAGCCCCAACACCAGCCCUUUACGCAGCACCUCGGCCACCCCCUCCCGCAGCGCGCUUUGCACCCCAGUGCAGGAGCUGGAGGGCAAUGUCAAGGCGCGCAGCAAGCUGGUGGAGACGGAGAGCGCACAGACACCCACCUGCACACGUGAGGAGCGCGAGCAGCGGCGCUACGUCUCCAAAGAUGGAAAGUGUCGCGUGGAUUUGGCGCACAUGGCAGAAAAAGAGCGCUUUCUGGCCGACAUGUUCACCUCCUUUGUGGACCUCCAGUACCGCUGGUUUCUCUUCGUUUUUAUGAUGUGCUACGCAGUUACCUGGUUCAUCUUCGCAGGGCUUUACGCACUUAACGCCUUCCUGCGCGGCGACCUCGAACUCCCUCCCAACAGCGCCAGCGACAUUCCUGUAGGGCGCGAGGUGUGCUACCCCAACGUGGACGGCUUCGUUUCAGCUUUGCUCUUCUCCGUGGAGACGCAGCGCACCAUCGGCUACGGUGCACGCACUGUAUCCCCGAGCUGCCGCGAGGGCGUCCUCCUGGUCAUGGCGCAGUGCAUCGUAGGCUCCAUGAUCGACGCCCUCAUGGUGGGCUGCAUGUUUGUCAAGAUCUCGCGGCCUAAGAAACGCGCCGAAACGCUCCUCUUCAGCCGGACCUGUGUGGUGGCCAACCGUGACGACCAGCUUUGCCUUAUGUUCCGCCUGGGAGACCUGCGCGAGAGCCACAUGGUGGACGCCAAAGUGCGCGCCAAGCUCAUCAAGUCGAGGCAGACGUCAGAAGGUGAGUUCCUCCCACUCCAGCAGUCCGAGAUUGACCUGGGCUACGAGUCCGGUUCUGACCGCCUGUUCCUUGUGGAGCCACAGGUCAUCCAGCAUACCAUAGACUCCACCAGCCCAUUCUGGGAGUUAGGUCCGGAGCAGCUGCGCAAGCAACAGUUUGAGAUCAUCGUCAUCCUGGAGGGGAUUGUAGAGGCCACAGGAAUGAUGUGCCAGGCAAAGACGUCUUACAUUGAGACGGAGAUUGAGUGGGGAGCUCGUUUCGAGCCGUGUAUGACUAUGGAGAAAGGUGCGUUCCGAGUGGACUUGCGGCGGUUUCACAGCACUUAUCCAGUGCCUCUCCUCCCAUGCAGUGCUCGAGAAGCUCAACAGCUUCAGAUGAUACAGGCUGGACUUGAGUUGCCUGGGUCUCUGAAAGAAAGUGGAGACUGUGUGGUUGAUGAAGAAGACCAAGAAGAAGAUGUCCUCCGGCCACAAGGGACCUGUGUUUUCACUAUUGAGAAUAUUCAAGAGUUAAACGAGUCGGAUUCCCAUUAGCUGAUUGCCCAAGGUAGUAAAGUUAAGCCUGUCUACUUCUCAGUAUUAUUUGAUGCCGUCUGAAGUGAGGCAAAUGGUUUUAAUACUACACUCUUAAAAAAAGACAAUUCUUCAGUGGUUCUAUAUCGAGCCAUGAAGACUCAGAGAGCCAUUUGCAUGAUUAAUGAGUUCUUUGCAUUGUGAUGGAGAAUGUGUUGUAUAUGGUUCUAAACAGAACUUGUUUGGGUUCUUUUGUUACAAGCUUGACAUUGUAACAAUAGAAUAAACCUUGUAUCUUCUGAAGAUCUUGAGCUUCUCAUGCACUUCAAGAACGCUUGAAGAACCACCUUUUUAAUAGUGUAGUUAGACCUUCUUUGGAAAAGUGAAGGAGAAAUAUGAAGGUUUUGGGGUGGAUGUUUCUAAGAUGCAUAAAACAGAUGGGUCCUGCACUGUACACAGUGGCUACUUUAUUAGGUACAGUAUUCUGUCCAGUAUGCUAAUGUAUCCAGUAGACUACCAUAUCUCCCAUAAUUGUAACUUAUUGUUAUCUACAUAUUUAGCACGGUUGUACUCAGCCAUUGAAAAAAGUUGAUCACUUGUCUUGUGCCGUGCACAGUUGUGGCACUUUUCGCUGGUCGAUUUCAUGUAUAUAGGUGUCUGUAUAUUUUAUGAAUGUAUAGCUUUAUUUAUAAAUUCAUAUAUACAGUACUGUGCAAAAGUCAGA